AUGGACCUGAGCCUGCGAGACGCUCUGGGUGGGGGUGGAGGCGGAGUCCCAGGAGGAGCCCCCGCCGAGGCCCUGCUGAAACGAGACUUCAUGGCCACGCUGGAGAAAGAGAGCUACGAUGACAAGGUGGGAGAGACGGUUUCCAAGAGCGACUACCGACCCUUGCUGGACGGAAAGGACACCAAGAGUGGUCCUGGGAUGAUGUCAUCGUCAAUGUUAUCAGGGGGACGCCAAGACCCAACAGGACAGUCUGCCUUCAGCUCUGACUACCUGUCUGGUCCUACGAUGGGUGGGAUGACAGAUCAGUGGAGCCAGAACAAGACAAAGGACAGCAGCAUGACUGACUCAUUUCUAGGAUUCUCUCAGUCUGGGAUGGGUGGGACCAACCUGCCACCGUUCCAGACCAACAUGGGCUCUGCUCUCGGCCAGUCCGGUAUGGGCUCAGCUAUGGACUCCCAGAAGAGUUCAGGCCUGUUUGGUAUGGAAUCCAAAACCACCAGUAUUACCAGUGGAAGCAGCCCUUUUAAAUCCAGUGAGCCAUUUUCUUCCGGUGGCCCAGGAAUCCAAUCUAUGGAUCACACUACAGCUCCCAUCCUCUCUCCCAGCGGCUCAGUGGACGACAGCAGUCCCUCUUCCUCCACCUCUGAACCCCUCAGCCCCGAGAGAGCGGGACUGGGGGGCGAGGCUGGCAAGCAACAGCAGAGACGGAGGAAGAAGAAGAGGAAGGGCCGCGACGAGGUCUACGACUUCUUGGAUAGCCAGCAGAAUAACAUCAACCAAUCUGACAAGCAUGGGAUGCAGGAUAAGGGUGGUCAGGAGGCGGAGGAGGAUGAGGACGAGGAAGAGAACUGGGAGUGGGAGAUCAGAGAGAGUGGAGGAGGGGGUAGAGUGAGAGGCAGGAAGGGUAAGAGUCGGGCAAGACUUCCAGAGGAAUGGGGAGCACCCCACAAGCCUGACUCUCCUACAUUGGCCACAGAAGCCAAAGUGGCUAACUCUGGUCCUUCUGACUUCAAAGCUCUGAACUCCAACUUUAGCCCUGUUUUGCCCUCAGCUCCUGCACAAAUACCCACAAGCUUCACCAACAGUUCCCAUGCUAGCCUUGUAACAGAUUCAUCUCCACGCUUUUAUGAGCCCAUGUGUGUAGCAGACUUUCCUGUGUCCACUAAAGAUGGACAAAAGGCAAAUGAAGAGAAAGUUCCGACCAGCAAACCUGAACCUAACGUUAGCUUAACAGCUGCUGGCAACAAGAGUAGUUUAGCUGGGGACGUUAGCAGUAGUCUAGCAUUGAUGACAGGGGACAAUCUGAGCCCUGUCUCCCAGACCUUCUCUUUCCUCGAUUCAGUCCUCCAGACCCCUCCAGGCUCCACUCCUGACUCACAGACAACCACCCCUAUCACCAACACCCCCUCCCUUGCUACCGCUCCCCUGGCAAAGUCCACACCAGCAGGAACAGCCGCCCCUGCUUCACAAACCUCUUCGGUUUUCAGCCCCUCCAAGAACACUCCAGAACUCCCACCUGCUUCUGCUUUCUCCACCAAAUCAUCACCCUUAGCUUAUGCAGAAACACACCAUCCUACUGCUGCAGUCGGGUCGGCCCUCAACGUCGACGCCAAGCCUUUUGUCCCCUCAGCCUCACUCAUAUCCUCCACAGCCACCCCCACUACAACUGCAGCCUCCUCUGGAACUGCUGCUAUUGCAUCCACUACCACCUCUAUCAUGCCCCUCAGUUCCACUAUCACUCCCACUAAAAGCGAAGUCACCCAUCUCUCAUCGUCAGGCACUCCCCUUCAAGCUGUAGCCAACCCCUUUAGCACAGCCACUACCUCUCCCUCGAUCACCCCUGCAGCCCCUCCCUCUCUCCCUGCACACUCAGAGCACCAGGAGUCCUCAUCGCCACUGCUCCCCCCACUGGAAGUGAAAUCUGACAACAAGGACAAGCAGGAGAAGACAGACAUCAACAAGACAGAGAAGAUGGACACCUCUGACAAGAAGGAGAAAGAGGAGCAGCAGAAGAAGGACCUCAGCCCAGACAAGAACCUGAAGUCUGAGAAGAUCCUCAAAGACGAGGAGAAAAACAACAAGGCCAACGAGAAGGCGGAGAAGGUGGACAAGCCCGAGAAGACCGACAAAGAUGAGAAGAAGGAAGAGGAGAAGAAGCCGGAUGAUAAGAAGGACGAGAAGGGUAACGGGAAAGGGAACGGCAAGUCUCCAACAGGAAACGGCGGCAAGUCUCCAACAGGCAACGGCGGCAAGUCUCCAACAGGCAACGGCAGCAAGACCCUGCCAAGCCCUGACAGCAAGAGCAAGCCUGACGUGGGUUCAACCAAACCAAACUCCCGCCCAUCCACCCUGUCCACCAGUGGCGAGGCCAACGCGGCCAAACGCCCUUCCCCCACCACAGCCUCAGCCAAUAAAAAAAGCCCUGUACCCAAGACCACCACACCCACCGCCACUAAGCGGCCGCCUACAGCAACAGCCAAGGAUGCCAAGACUCCAGAGAAUGGUACGGCUGAGAAACGUACCACUGCCAAGUCCACUCCUGCUCCCCGUUCAACUCCUACUAAGAGCGCUGUGUUCACCUUUACAGCAAGCAAGACUGACAAGACUGACAAGACUGACAAGACUGAGAGCAAGACAGGAGAGGCCAAGAAGCCCAAACCUACAGCUCGUCCUCGCCCAGCCUCCACCACCACUCCUGCUACCCCACCUGCAACCAAUGGUGACUCCGCUACCAGUCACCGCCGCCGGGUCAUCACCAAACCUCCCGUGCCCAAGCAGACCGCGCUGGAGAAAAAGCCACCGGUGCCCCGUGCUCCUCGAACCCCCCGGCCCAUCAACGCACCCACACCGGAUUUGAAGAACGUCCGCUCCAAGAUCGGAUCCAUUGACAACAUUAAGUAUCAGCCUGGUGGAGGAAAGGUCUCCUCCACCCCGAACAAGACAUCAGACCCCUCCAACCCUGCGGCCAAGGCCAGAGUUCAGAUAGUGCACAAAAAGCUGGACUUCAGCCAUGUCACGUCUCGCUGUGGCUCCAAGGACAAUAUGAAACAUGUCCCUGGAGGUGGCAAUGUGCAGAUCCUGAAUAAGAAGGUUGAUGUGAGCAAGGUGACGUCCAAAUGUGGCUCCAAGGACAACAUCAAACAUAAGCCAGGUGGUGGUGAUGUCAAGAUUGAGUCCCACAAGCUAAACAUUAAGGCUAAGUCUAAGAUUGGAUCUAUGGACAAUGUGGGUCCCGGCAAUGGACAGACCAACGGACACAAGGAUGAGAAGGCAGAGGAGAAAACAUCACCACCAAGUGAUGCUCCAGCAACUGGACAAGCAGGCGUUGCCAAGGCAACAGCACCAGGAGGUGUUGCUAAGGAGAAUGGGGUGAAGGAGCCCACAGCUACUCCUUUUGGGGGGGACGGACUGAGGGAGCCCCUUAGCAUAGACAAACGCAUCACUGAGACAAAUUGAGUCUCAGUGACCUGUAGUUUUUUGGCGGGACACGCAUGGCGCUCGCCGACCUGCCAAUCAACCAACCAACCAACCUACCACGGCGCAGUCACUUCCCUCUGACCUGCCCUCCAUCUCGCCCACCGCAGCACCAAACUGACCGUUCGCCUCUCAGUGUUUCUCUGGGGUCCGCCGCCAGCUUCCUGCUAUCAAUCCUGACCUUUGACCUCUCAGUGCCCUUGGGUUGACCUUUGGCCCUGCCUACCACAGAGAAGAGCACUUGCUGUUUGUCUGUGUUUCUCUGUGUGGGGUUCCACCAGCUUCUCGACUGACGAAGUUCCCUUGUAAGCACCCCGAACCCCGAAUCUAACAA